CUGUAACAAAUCCCUACACAAAAAAAAAUGAACUUUGGAUUGUUCACUAAUGAGCAAUCAUCCAUGUCCCAUGAUCCUAGUUCGUUUUCAUACACAAGAUAUAGGAGAUUCUACGUUAAAUGUUGAUGGUCUGUGAUGCCCGAUCUGUAUAUGUAUGUAUAUUUUGAUUUUUGUUUUGGAGGUUAGCGGUUUUUCAAACAAUAUAAUUCAGUCUAAAACUUCUAUUUUAGAAUUGUUUUAGAUGAUUGCUGUUCAUUGUGGUGCGGGUCAUUACAGUCCCAAACUUUACAGCGAUUACAAGAAACUAUGUCGAAGAGCUUGCAAAAAAGGAAUGCAAGAGAUGCAGAACAAAGGUACAGCUGUGGACGCCGUAAAGGCUGCUGUUAUGGUUCUAGAAAACAAUCCACUGACCAAUGCAGGAUGUGGGUCAAAUUUAACACUUGAAGGUGAGGUAGAAUGUGAUGCCUCAUUGAUGGAUGGCGAUAGCCUGCUUUAUGGAGCUUGUGGAGCAGUUAAAACUGUUAAAAACCCUAUUGCAUUAGCUUACGAGGUAUAUCAAAAGCAGAGGGAACCGCAACCCUUAGGACUAGUAGCUCCUACCCUGGUAGUUGGCAAAGGAGCUCAAAACUAUGCAAAGUUCAGGGGUAUAGAAUUUAUUUCCAAUAAAAAGCUUGUCACGAUGAGGGCUUUAAAACAAUUUCGGAGAUAUAAACAUUGGGUAGAUGCAUACAAACAGGAAGAAUUAGAUUCAGUUUGUAUCAAAAAUGAUGAAACAAAGGCAUUGCUUGAUACUGUCGGAGCAGUUUGCAUAGAUGAUACAGGCCAAAUAGCAGCUGCUUGCAGUUCUGGUGGUCUUGUACUGAAGCAACCAGGUCGUGUAGGCCAAGCCGGAGUGUUUGGAGGAGGAGUGUGGGCAGAUAGCUAUGAUAAAAAUCAUGAAACAUCUUUGGGAGUGUGUACAUCAGGUUGUGGUGAACAUUUAGUGCAAACUCAGCUAGCCAAAGUAAUAGCUGAGGAUUUAAUUUCAAGUGUAUGCCCUACCACUGAUUUAUAUGAGAGUUUGAAUCAAAAAUUCCUUAAUUCUAGGUAUUUAAGGAACGUGCAUCAAAAAAUGUGUGGGGCACUUGUUCUGAGGAGAGAUAUUAAGAGUAAAGAAAUAUCACUUUUAUGGGGUCACAGUACUGACAGUAUGGCUUUGGGUUACAUGACGAAGGAUGAUUCUGUUGGAAAGGGAAUAAUUUCUGUACUACCAACUGAAGCUGCUGAAGGCUUAUCUAUAAAUAUUGGAGGGACCUGUUAUUACCCCAGGGAUUGAGGAUUAAAAUACCAACCUUAAUUAAAAAAAAUACAAAUUAAAAUCAAUGGAGC